AUGAAGCUAUCUUCCGACUUCAUUUCCACAGGUGGGAAUCGGAAUCCUGCUGCCGCUGAUUGGGAUGAAGGUGGUAGCCAGCUGUUGGCUUUUGGUGCCGAUGACUGCGUCGCCCUUUGGGAUCCUCAAAAUGGCAAAUUACCCGGCGUCCAAGCAGUACUGAGUGGUCAUACCAAGGCCGUCAAUGCAGUCAAAUUCUACUCCACGGGCACAGCAGAUGUCUCCAUCCUUCUCAGUGGAUCAGCAGACAAUACCAUCCGAAUAUGGCGCAGUCAAGGACAUAGCUUUGCAAAGUUCGAGUGUGUCAUCACUAUCACUGAUCACACUGGCCCAAUCACAAGGAUCGCAACUCUACCUGGUUCGAACAUCAUCGCAACUGGAUCAUCAGACGGCUCGAUAAAAAUAUGGCAACUUGCUCAUGACCCCGGCUUCUCCUCAAUAGAUGUCAAGCUCACUCAGACUAUCGUGCUUUCCCCCAAAUAUUUCCCUCUGAACCUUGCUCUCGCGGCGUUAGACAGCAAAUCUACCGUCCUAGCAACCGCUGGCACACGAAGCACUAUUCAGAUCUUCGUGUCAAAAGAAGAUGAAUUUCGUUUAUCCGCCACGCUCACAGGUCACGAAGGCUGGAUCCGCGCCCUUGAUUUCACAAGAGAAACAUCUGACCCCAAAAGCGAUUUGCUACUUGCCUCAGCGAGUCAGGACAAAUACAUUCGCCUCUGGAGACUUCACGGUGGGGAUGAGCUGCCCGUUGUUAGCAGUGCGCUUAGUGAUCCUGCUCUGGGCGGCAUGGGCAAAUCCUUGUCCAACAAGGCUCACUGGUUUAGUACGGUGAUUUCCAAAUAUUCGGUGACUUUUGAGGCCCUUCUCCUUGGACACGAAGAUUGGAUCUACCAGGCCUCAUGGCGACACAGAGGUGGCAAGUUACAACUGCUCACAACGUCUGAGGAUAACUCACUGGCAAUAUGGCAAUCUGACCCUAGCUCUGGUGUUUGGAUCUGUAUCACCCGACUCGGCGAGAUCAGCGCGCAGAAAGGCUCGACGAGCGCUACUGGCAGCGCGGGAGGUUUCUGGAUCGGACUUUGGUCGCCGGAUGGUAACUCUGUGGUAUCACUCGGUCGUACUGGUAGUUGGAGGAAGUGGACGUACUCGACUGCAGAAGACAUGUGGGCACAGCAAGUCGCGAUAACGGGUCAUGUACGUCCAGUCAGAGGCGUCAGCUGGGCCAGGGAUGGGUCGUAUCUUCUCUCAACGAGUUCAGACCAGACAACAAGACUGUACUCGCAGUGGAAACGCGACGGCUUUGCCUCCUCAUGGCAUGAGUUCUCACGGCCCCAGAUCCACGGCUACGAUCUUAACUGUGUCGAGGUAGUCACAAACACACAGUUCAUCUCCGGCGCAGACGAGAAGCUACUCCGCGUCUUCGAUGAGCCAAAAGGUGUCGCAGAUAUACUGGACUCCCUCUGCCACAUCAAAACCUCUCCAUCCGCCAACCUCCCCGACGCAGCCAACAUCCCCGUCCUCGGCCUCUCCAACAAGGCCAUCCAAGCCAUCGGCGACGACGAGCCCCUUCAAAACGCCGACGAAGACGACGCCGAAGCCAUCGACCCCUCCUCCGUAAUUCGAAAAUCCACUUUGCAAUUCAACCACCCACCCUUUGAAGACCAUCUAGCACGCCAUCUGCUCUGGCCCGAAACAGAGAAACUCUACGGCCACGGCUACGAAAUCUCCGCCGCGGCUGUAAGUCGCCAUGCCACGCUCGUCGCAACCGCAUGUCGUGCCAGUUCAAUCGACCACGCCGUCAUCCGCCUAUACGACACAAAAGACUGGCUCGAAGUCAAACCCGCACUAAAAGCACAUUCCCUCACCGUCACCGCAUUACAAUUCUCCCCCGACGACAAGUAUCUGCUCAGCGUGGGCCGAGACAGACAGUGGGUCCUCUGGGAGCGAAACCAAGCAGCUUCCAUGUAUCAGCUGGCGCACGCAAACCCAAAAGCCCAUACGCGAAUGAUUCUCGCCGCUUCCUGGGCCCCCCUGGAGAAGCCGACGUUUCUGACGGCGGGAAGGGACAAGAUGGUUAGGAUUUGGCGGGUCGAGGGACCUGAGGUGGUGCUGGUGGGUUCUGUGGCGGCGAAUGCGGCUGUGACUGCGGUUGCGUGUAAUCAAAGUCCCUCUGCGAGUGCGUACCUGCAGUUUGCAUUUGGGACGGAGGGUGGGGAAAUUUGUAUCGCGCGUACGCCUGUAGAUGCGUUUGAUGGGAUUGAAGUGCAUGUCGGUGAUGCGGGAUUGUUGCCGGCGAAGACGAUCAAUCAGAUUGCGUGGAGACCCGGCCAGUUGGACGGUCAGCAGCUUGCGGUGGCCAGUGAUGACAGUUCCUUGCGAAUCUUCAAUCUCCAAUAA